AUGGAAAAAGGAUGGAUGCAUGUUGAUAGGAGAUCGUUGAGGUUUCAAACAGGGUUUGAGGAUUUUCUUAAGUUUGCUUCAGCGAAUGCUGCUGACAAAUCAAAUAUCUGCUGUCCUUGUUUGAAGUGUUGUAACACUAAUGGAUUUUCCAUUGGAGUUAUUAAGGACCAUGUAUUUUUUAAUGGCAUUGUGACUAGUUAUAAGAAUUGGAAAUGGCAUGGAGAACCUUCUGUCAAGAAUACGGAUAGAGUAGGUGAAUCUGAAACAGUAGAUAUGAAUUGUAACCAAGAUAUGGGGGAAAGUGAGGAUGAGGAGAUAUCUAGUGACUCGAAUGAGUUUCUAAGGUUUGUGGAAGAUGGAGAUAAACCUUUGUACCCCGGUUGUACAAAGACAACAAAGUUGAACUGUCUUAUUCAAACAUUCAACUUGAAAGCAAAACACGGAAUGACUGAUGCUUGUUAUUCCGACAUGCUAGUCAUGAUUGGCAUGUUGCUUCCCGAAGGGAAUGAGGUACCCGGUUCUCUAUAUGAGGCUAAAAAAACACUUGCAGCAUUAGGGAUGGAGUAUGAAAGGAUUCAUGCUUGUCCAAAUGACUGCAUGUUGUAUAGAGGGCAGCAUUCUGAAGCUACAAGCUGUUUGAUCUGUGGUGAAUCACAAUGGAAACUGGGAAGGGAUAAAGUUGAGAAGAAAGGGGUGCCUAGGAAGGUAUUGUGGUAUUUCCCACCAAUCCCAAGAUUCAAAAGGAUGUUUCAAUCAACAAAGACAGCAAAGGACUUGACUUGGCAUGUUGAGAAUAGGAAAAAAGAUGGCAUGAUGCGGCAUCCAUCAGAUUCACCGACCUGGAAAUUGGUCGACACAAAGUGGCCAGAAUUUGGUAGAGAAGCUAGGAACCUUCGUUUAGCCCUUUCCUCAGAUGGGUUUAAUCCCCAUAGUUCUUUAAGUAGCCGGUACUCUUGCUGGCCGGUUAUCCUCGUUACGUAUAACCUUCCUCCAUGGUUGUGCAUGAAGAGGAAGCACAUGAUGUUAACAUUGUUAAUAUCUGGACCGAAACAGCCUGGAAAUGAUAUUGAUGUGUAUUUACAGCCAUUAAUAGAUGAUUUGAAACAACUGUGGCAGGGGGUUGAAGGUGUGUACGACGCUGUAAGAGAAGAGUCAUUUACACUCAAGGCAGUCCUACUUUGGACUAUUAAUGAUUUUCCUGCAUAUGGGAAUCUCUCGGGCAGCAUUAUCAAAGGAUAUAAUGCUUGUCCUAUUUGUGUCGAUGAAACCCGACCAUAUAGGUUGAAACAUAGUAAGAAAAUGGCAUUUAUGAGGCAUCGCCGUUUUUUGCCUAGACAUCAUCCAUAUCGCAAGCAAGCUGCUGCCUUUGACAAUACCAUAGAGGAAGAUGUUGCCCCUUCACCAUUAAGUGGAGAGGAAGUGUUGUCAAGAGUUGAAUGUUUGAACACAAGGUUUGGGAAAAAAAACCCUUCUGCCCCCUACAAGGGUGCUGAAGAGACUAGACCUUGCUGGAAAAAAAAAUCAGUUUUCUUUGAACUUGAUUAUUGGAAACAUCUUCCAGUACGACAUAUUCUUGAUGUGAUGCACAUUGAGAAGAAUUGCUGCGAUGCUAUAAUUGGUACCCUCUUGAACAUUCCCGGGAAGACAAAGGAUGGAGGUGCUUCUCGUUUGGACAUGGUCGAUAUGGGAAUCAGAACUGAUUUGAAGCCUACACCUGGUCCAAAAAAGGCCAAGUUGCCUUUAGGUAGUUGGAACUUACGGGUAGAAGAGAAGAAAAUAAUGUGCAAUUCCUUUUUUGGUAUGACGGUUCCUGUGCGUUUCUCCUCAAAUGUGAGGAAUCUGGUCUCGAUGGAAGAUUUAAGAUUGGUUGGGCUUAAAUCACAUGAUUGUCAUACGGUGAUUCAGUUUCUUCUCCCGGUUGCAAUAAGAUCAGUUUUAGAGAAGCCGGUUAGGUAUGCAAUUAUUCGGUUUUGUCUAUUCUUUAAGGCAAUUUGUAGUAAAGUCAUAGAUGUUUCAAGACUUAAACAAAUGCAGGCAGAUUUGGUUGAUACAGUUUGUUUGCUGGAAAAGUUCUUCCCACCUUCCUUUUUCGACGUAAUGAUUCAUUUAACAGUUCAUCUUGUUAGAGAAGUUGAGUGGUGUGGUCCGGUAUUUUUUUGA